ACUCUCUUCACUCAUUGCAACUGUACCCCCUACCCUCCAUCAGCCGCACACGCACACGAACCCCACCUUCCUCCUCCUCUUCUCUCUCUCUCUCUCCAAAACUCCAUAUAUACACUGAUACACAAGCACCACCAGACCAAGACCAACCCAGCCACCUCAAUGUCGAUCUCUCCAGCCACCCUCUCCCACCUCCCUCUCCUCUCCCUCUUCCUCCUCCUCCUCCUCCUCCUCCUCCUCCCCACCUCCUCUCUCUCCAAAACCUUCUUAGUCCGCGUCCACCACGACUCCAAGCCCUCCAUCUUCCCAACCCACAAGCACUGGUACGAAUCUACACUCACCUCCCUCUCCCCCACCACCACCACCACCACUGACCAAACCCCCAGUCGCAUUAUCCACACUUACGACACCAUUUUCCACGGAUUCUCCGCAAAGCUCUCGCCUUUACAAGCCAAAAACCUCGAAUCCCUCUCCGGCAUAGUCGCCGUCAUUCCCGAACAAAUUCGAAAACUUGAAACCACUAGAUCCCCUGAAUUUCUCGGGUUAAAAACCAGGGACAGUGCCGGGUUGUUGAAGGAGUCGGAUUUCGGGUCGGAUUUUGUGAUCGGGGUUAUAGACACUGGGAUCUGGCCGGAGAGGCAAAGCUUUAAUGACAGGGAUCUUUUGCCGGUGCCGAGUAAGUGGAAAGGUGAGUGUGUUUCCGGUAAGGAUUUUCCGACGACGUCGUGUAAUCGGAAGCUGAUUGGAGCGAGGUAUUUUAGUGACGGGUAUGAGGCGACGAAUGGGAAGAUGAACGAAACCACGGAGUAUCGGUCGCCGAGGGAUUCUGACGGGCAUGGCACCCACACGGCAUCCAUCGCCGCCGGGAGGUACGUGUUCCCGGCGUCUACGCUAGGUUACGCGCGCGGAGUGGCGGCGGGGAUGGCUCCGAAAGCCCGUCUCGCCGCCUACAAGGUCUGCUGGAACGCCGGGUGCUACGACUCCGACAUCCUCGCUGCCUUCGACGCCGCUGUCAGAGACGGUGUCGAUGUCGUUUCCCUGUCUGUCGGUGGCGUCGUGGUCCCUUACUACCUCGACGCCAUCGCGAUAGGCGCGUUCGGAGCCUCCGAUGCUGGCGUCUUCGUCUCCGCCUCAGCCGGCAAUGGUGGCCCUGGCGGCCUCACCGUUACAAACGUGGCCCCCUGGGUCACCACGGUAGGCGCUGGUACGCUGGAUAGGGAUUUCCCCGCCAAUGUUAAACUCGGUAACGGGAAAAUUAUCCCAGGCGUGAGUGUCUACGGUGGGCCAGGGUUAGCUCCUGGACGUCUCUACCCGCUAAUUUACGCCGGGAAUGAAGGUUCCGACGGCUACUCCUCAUCGCUAUGCUUAGAAGGUUCUUUAGACCCCAAUUUCGUGAAAAACAAAAUCGUGUUAUGCGAUCGUGGAAUCAACUCGAGAGCGGCUAAAGGCGAAGUAGUUCAAAAAGCGGGUGGAAUCGGAAUGAUUUUAGCUAACGGAGUUUUUGACGGCGAGGGGUUGGUCGCUGACUGCCACGUCAUCCCAGCGACCGCCGUCGGUGCGUCAUCCGGUGACGAGAUAAGGAAAUACAUAACCUCUGCUUCGAAAUCAAAGUCACCACCUACUGCCACUAUAGAAUUUCAAGGGACCCGACUCCAUGUCCGACCCGCCCCUGUUGUUGCCUCGUUUUCGGCCCGUGGUCCUAACCCGGAGACACCCGAGAUACUGAAACCCGACAUUAUUGCUCCUGGAUUGAACAUACUCGCCGCUUGGCCGGAUCGAGUUGGGCCAUCCGGUCUCCCAUCGGAUAAACGGCAAACAGAAUUUAACAUACUUUCUGGUACUUCUAUGGCAUGUCCUCAUGUUUCGGGUCUGGCUGCAUUGUUGAAGGCAGCUCAUCCUGAGUGGAGUCCAGCUGCAAUUAGGUCGGCGUUAAUGACGACUGCAUACACGGUGGACAAUCGGGGAGGAACGAUAGGAGAUGAAUCGACCGGGAAUUCUUCCACGGUCAUGGAUUUCGGAGCGGGCCAUGUCCACCCGCAGAAGGCUAUGGAUCCGGGUCUAGUCUACGACAUGAAUUCCUACGAUUACGUGGAUUUUCUAUGUAAUUCGAAUUACACGACAAAAAACAUACAAGCGAUCACAAGGAAGAAUGCGGAUUGCAGAGGGGCGAAAAAGGCAGGGCAUAUCGGGAACUUGAAUUACCCGUCGCUGACUGCUGUGUUUCAGCAAUAUGGGAGGAGGAAGAUGUCCACGCAUUUCAUAAGGACAGCGACGAACGUUGGCGACGCGAAUGCAGUGUAUCAAGUGGCGGUGAAGCCGCCGAGCGGGACCCUGGUGACGGUAGAGCCGGAGAAGUUGGUGUUCAGGAGGGUGGGGCAGCGGCUGAGUUUUCUGGUGAGGGUGGAGGCUGUGAAGGUCAAGUUGUCCCCCGGGAGUUCUAGCACCAAAAGUGGCUCCAUAAUCUGGUCUGAUGGUAAACAUGUUGUCACUAGUCCUUUAGUCAUCACAAUGCAAACACCUCUGUAAUUUUGAACUUCAGGUCUUCUGGGUUUUGCUUUUGGUUUUUGGUUUUGCCAAUUUCUCUUUAUUUUUGCCUCUUUCUAGAUAUAUAUAGUAUAUAGGUAGAGUGAGUGGGUGUUAUAGUAAGAGUGUUUUCCAUUUCAGAAAGCAGGGUGGGGAAGGGUUCUUUGUUGUAAGUUGAAAAAUCAAGCAUGUCUCUGUAGAAAAAAAUGUUGUGUGUUGAGAGAGAAGGGGCCAAGGAGUGUGAAAUAAGAUAUGUUAUCCUUUUGUUUC